CUUCCGGUCCAGUUGUCAACAGAGCAGCACCACGCGUGAUCACGAACAGAUAAAAUGCCCAAGGCUCAGAAAGGCAAAGUGCAGGCGGUAAAGGAGAAGGCUGUUCACCCGUUCAGCAGGAAGGCGGCCUGGCUCUCCGGAGAGGAGAUCCGGCUGAGGAAGAAAGCAAAGCAGAAAACUGGCAAAGCCUCACGUCUGAGCGACAUCGGCGAGAAACUGUUGUGGUUCCAGGAACAGUUGGAUCCAGCAAAGACGGAGUACACCAGUAAAGAUGCUUGUGACAUUAUCGAGAGGUACCUGCAAAGAUAUGAUCCUGAGAUAGAGCAGAUCAAGUUGAUUAACGGGAUCAAAGGUCGUCAGGGUUGUGUCCAUGGAGCCAGAGAGGCCGUCAUCAAACAGACCAUCGAGCGGGAGCGGGCGCUGUACGAUGGGUCGGGAUUUGAGAUCCCUGACAUCAUCAACGCAAAGAAUCUGAAAACAUUCAGAGAGUGGACCGGCAGUCUGAAGAAACUUCCGAACAUUAAACUACGAAAGAUUUCCAGCAAAAACACGAAUAACGAGAAAGCAGAGAAAGCAGAAGAAGAGGAUGAAGAAGAUGAAGAGGACGAAGGGGAUUUGGAAGAUGAUCAGCAGGAGGACGAGACGAAUCAGAUGUCGGAAUCUGACUAAUUCUCUUAACUCAGGACAACAGAAUAUCCAACACAAAGACUGUUUGUGAUGCUCCGCUACUGUCCAGAAGAUGGCGCCAGAAUCCCACAUAUUGAAACUUUCCCCCUCAGCUUGUCCUUUCCUAAAUCUGCUGGUUGUUUUUAAGGAUGUAACUUCAGCCUGUGAGGGUUCUACAGUCAGUGUUUAUUACAGAAACAAAAUGCAUCAUAUGUAACCUGAAUAAUUCAUUUUAUCCAAUAAGAGAUAGAAAAACAUUUUCACAAA